AUGGAAGCGUUUCGUUUGGGGACCACGCUACGUUUCGCCAGCCGAGGGAAAAGAUUGCUUACUAGUCAAAGUGCAUCAACCCCACCGUUACAAUGUACUCCCGUGGCGAUGGUGGGGAUGGCCCGCGGUGCGCACACACAGACUGUCUACGAGAACAUGGUGUACAUCAGCAACGACAAGGUCAAACUAAAAGCUGACCCUAAAACUAUGAAAUUGAACGAGAAAAUAGACAAGCCACUAUGUAUAAUCAUGAAUUGGAUGAUGGCUAAGCCGAACCACGUUAAGAAGUACGCGCAGCUGUAUCUGGACCAUGACUUCGAUGUGCUCUCCGUGACCUGCACUCCUUGGCAGCUCAUGUGGCCGGCGAAAGGAACCCAAGUACUAACAGAAAAACUGCUGCGGUUUAUGGAGGUGAACAGUCAGAACCCGCUGACUGUGCACGGGUUCUCAGUCGGCGCCUACGUAUGGGCUGAGCUGCUGGUCCACGCUGUUAAUGAUAAAAAACGAUUCCAGCCAGUAUUAGACCGUGUGGCGUGCCAGGUGUUUGACUCCGGCGCAGACAUCCAUGAGAUACCGGUCGGCUUCCCCAGCGCUGUGUUUCCACGCAACAAAUUCUUGCAGGAAUUAUUUAGGACUUAUAUUAAAACUCACAUGAAGGUGUUUCAUAACGUAGCGACGAAACAUUACAUGAAGGCGACCGACGUGUUCCAUCACACUCCCUGCAGGGCGCCGGGGCUGUUCCUCGUCUCUAAGACUGACCUCGUAGGAGCUGAGAAGAGGAGCCGAAGCGUGCACGACUCUUGGGUCAGGAGUGGAAUCAAGUGUAACUUCAAAUGCUGGGACAAGUCUCCUCACGUGCUCCACUACAUCCACCACCCGCAGGAGUACAAGCAGGCGUUGUACUCGCACAUGAAAGAAUGUGGCUUACUCAAAGACAAGUCAUAG